AUUUCGAAAUGGAAAAAGUGUUACUGUGGCUGUUUUGUCUGCUCUCUCUGGAAUAUGGGGCUCUUGUGGGGAGUACGAGACUGCCCAAUAUUGUUUUAAUUGUUACCGAUGAUCAGGAUGUCGUUCUCAAUGGAAUGAUGCCAAUGAGAAAUGUCCAGGAACUUUUAGCAAAAUCCGGAGCUACCUUCACUAAUGCUUUCACCUCAUCACCCAUUUGCUGCCCCUCACGAGCAUCAAUUCUUUCCGGGAGAUAUGCGCACAAUCAUGCAACAACAAAUAAUUCAAUUUCCGGAGGCUGCUACGGGCACUUCUGGAGGGAUGUUGUUGAGAAAUACACCCUUCCGGUAAUGCUCCAUGCUAGGGGGUAUGAGACAUUUUUUGGUGGGAAGUAUCUCAAUGAUUACCGCACAACGGAUGUUCCACCUGGAUGGGAUCAUUGGUAUGGUCUUCAUGGCAAUUCCAUUUACUACAACUACACCCUUACGGAAAACGGGAAGUCAGUCCAAUAUACUUCUGAAUACCUCACGGAUGUCCUGGCUGAGAAGAGCACACAAUUCCUGGAGGAACAAAGGCACGGGAAACCAUUCUUCCUCAUGGUAGCACCUCCAGCUCCUCAUGCACCUGCUACUCCUGCCCCACGCCAUGAACAAACUUUUCCGGAAGUUCGAGCUGCACGUACCCCCAACUUCAAUCAUCCUUCAGGUAGUCUGGACAAACACUGGCUCCUAACAAUGGAUCCACCAACAUUGCCCGAUGAUGUCCUCCCGGAAUUAGAUGAAAUCACUCGAAGACGAUGGCAAUCACUCCUGGCUGUGGAUGAAAUGGUCCGAGGGAUAGUAGAGAGUCUCCAAAAGAAUGAUUUGCUGGAGGAAACAUUCAUUGUCUUCACCUCUGACAAUGGCUACCACAUUGGUCAAUUUGCCCAAGCCUACGAUAAGCGGCAACCCUAUGAGACAGAUAUUCGUAUUCCACUGAUUGUCCGGGGUCCGGGAGUGAGAAAGAAGUUCCUAGUUCAGCAACCUACGCUCCUCAUUGAUCUUAUGCCAACGAUGCUAGAAUGGGCACAAAUGUCCCUUCCUGCCAAUCUCGAUGGACGUUCCUUCCGCGGAGAUUUGGUGGCGGAGACACCAGUCAGCAUUAGCAGGCAGUUCCUAAUUGAGUACUGGGGUGAAGUAGGGCCAAACACUCAUUCUCCAUCAUGUAAAAAUGCCGACAAGUCUCUCUAUAUGUGUACCGAGGAUGCUGCUUGCCACUGUCAAGAUGCCAGGAACAAUACAUACGCCUGUGUGCGGGAACUUGAGUGGAAAUCCGGAGAAGACUUGAGGACCUUCCUGUACUGUGAAUUCCGGGAUAAUGAACACUUUGUGGAAGCCUAUGAUUUGCUCUCGGAUCCAUAUCAAAUGAAUAAUGUAGCCUACGAGAUGCUCCCAUCGUCACGUGCCAUCUACUCCUUAGUCCUCAAGAAUCUCACCAAUUGCAUUGGAUCCACGUGCCGUAUGUACAAUUCGCGUUCAUACAUCAAUAAGAUAAACAAAUAUCAAUGGGAGUAUGUAGAUUAAUUAAAUUCCGCUGAAGAA